AGCUAGAGCCAAUCCACGGUACGCACGCACUUUCCAUCGACCCACGGCCGGCGAGCAUCUAUUUCUCCAUCGCCGACUAGAUGACGCACGGCCACCAUCACAUCUCCAUGCCGGAUUCUUCUUCGGCGAUGAUGCACAGCCACCACCAUCAUGCCUCGAUCUCGAUGCCGGCAGUGUCUCCGGCCAUGACACACGGCCACCACCAACAUCAUCAUCAACAACACGCCGGCGGUGGCCACCAUCAUCAUCACCACGGCCGCCACCACCACCAUCAAGACAGCCAGCAGCCGGCGGCGUAUCCGGGGUUCGCUGUCCCGUACACGUACCCGUCUCCUAGCCAGGCGUCCACGACCACGGUUUGGGCGCCGGUCCUCGAGCCCACGCCGGACAACUGCGAGAACGACGCCCGCCUCUUCGGAGCCGUCAUGUGUGUGAUCUGCUUUAUAGUCAUCGAGCUGCCCAUCCUCCUCUACACAUUCGUGGUCAACCGAUGAUAUGGAUCAACGGGAGCUUGGAGAUUAGUAGUGUGUCCUUUUAUGACAUGGACGUGCAUGGAGCUAGCAGAUUGCUUAGUCAGGACUUGGGAGACGUCCUAGGAAGUAUACUGUAUUAUCGUAGUAAUACUAGUGGUAGUUUAAUUUGAGCAGGCCAAAUUAACUUGUUGGUAGCCAUGUGAGGAUUGCUAGAACAUGUGCGGUACUUUGACUAUUACUAGUAAGCUUGCACGUGCAACGCAUGUCUAGACUAAUACUGUAUCAAAUAUUUAUAGUUCUAAAAA